AAACGCGGCUAUACGAGUGUGACUUUACGUUGGUUUGUCUUACUUCUACUUUCGGUUUUUCUUGUAAAUAACUAGAAAGUCAACUUAUUAAUUCGGUAGCUCCCAGAUUCUGAAGUUUUUUCGAAGAAUUGAAUAGACUUUUCAGUACUGGAAAUGAUACAUGAUCCGGUGAUUGCAAUAGAUAGGUUCAUAAAUGAAUUGACAAUCUCUGUAAUGUUAGAAGAGUCACUUGGUGGUAUGAUAUCCGAUGAAGAAAUGAGCUUAACAAAUAUGGAUGUUAUCAGGUCACAAAAACUAUGGAGUGAGGUUUUGAAUCAAAAAUCAAGGUUCAGGGCACUAGACUGUUUGAUGUCAAGGCUAGCCAGUAUAAAACACGAACGUAUUGUGAUGCGAAUUCUUUGGAGCAUAGACUUUGCAAUUGAGAAGGCAAUGUUCGCACCAAGAGAAAUCGCUCAUUCACUUGUAUGCUCAGAGCAUCUGCGUGUGGAGUCUCCCAUCUUGUUUCGGUGCAUAUUUAAGCUUCUUCUAAAGCUCAUUUUCUUUCUGGAUUACAAGAGCAACCGUGAAGUUUUUAACAAAAGCAUUGAAAAGUCAUCACAGUUUACAGAGAAAAUGUUCUGCGACCGCAACUUGUUUUAUACCAUUGACCCUUCAUUAGAGUUAAUACAGCUACUUUUGUGUCGUGAGAUAUGCCUGAUGCCUGCCUACUUCGCUAUGCAUGAGCUAAUUCGGAAUUUUUCUAGCGAAUUCGGCGACGCUCCUCAGUUUAUCCAAACAGAAUUUAACAAAUUUAUGGACAGUUUCAAAAGGCCUGCGCGCUUGCUGUAUUCGAGGGUUUACCAUGCCAUGACUCCUUUCUGUGGAAUAACCUCAUUGAGUGCUCCAAACUAUAGACUGGAUUCCUCUAAUCUAGUUUUGACUUCUAUCAAAGGUGCUAUGCGAUAUCCUGACUUUCUUACAAGCUCACAGCUGCCUCUCUUGUGUACAGUUUUGGGUCAGCUGCGAAGUUUUGAACUUACAACUGGAAUGCUUGAUCCUGCGAGUGGAAAAGUUAAAACCCGAUCUGUGGGCCUGGAACUUGCGUUGGUUGAAUUAAUUGUUCAGGUUAUGGAAUUGUUGGAAUGUACAAACGACGAAACGUGGAACCGUACAAUAUUCGAACAUUUAAUAAGUGUCAUGAUUACCUUCAUGCUAAACAGUACGGUUAGAUUUAAUGAAAUCGUUGUCAAACUUAAUUCAAAAUUGGAAGGUCGUACGUGGACUAAGUCAAGCCAUUAUGUAAUGUGGUUCGUGCUAAAUGCUACUUCAGGAUUCAUUGGAAAAAAUAUGUUAACAGAUUUCGUCCCUUGCCUCCGGCUUUUCGAUAUUUUGUUCCCUGAAGCUGAAGAUCCUGACCGAGCUAUCGAUCUUCCUAUACCAUGCUGUAGUAGAAAAGAUUCCACUGGUCAAUCAAAUGAUAAUGAGAUUAGUUUGACACAAAAAGAUGGAGUUCUGCCCAAAAACAUCUUAGGCAAAGAACUAAGUAGUACAACAGAAAAUACUAAGUUGAGUGUUUCUCAAUUUCCUAUCUCCAAAAAGAUGGAUAUCGAUAGCUCUGAUCUCAAUCGUGAACUUGUUAUCUAUAGAGAUAAUGAAAAUGAAGUACAAGAACAAAGCUCCACUUCUGCUGAGGAUUCAGACAACGAAUGUAUUCAGAAUGAAACCGAGAGUUUACUUCCUCCCCAUUUUCGCUCCUCUACAGCUUGCUGGAAACGCCAAGGUCGACUUUUGCAUUUGGCUACAGCUCCUGUUUGCCUCUGGCAACAUGUUUUACGUAAAAGUCGACUUGGUCAAGAUCACUUGCCACGUGUUAUGCCACCAGCACUCAGACCAAUAGAAUCCCGCAUAUCACGUCGUAUGCAAGCACUAGUACAAUCUGUCAGUUCUACUCAAAUAUCUAAUAGUUCUGUUCAUUUAGUUUCAAAGUUGACGUGGAACCAACUUUUCGUUGUACUAAAUGCUUUUAGUACAGAUAAUGAAGUUAGUCAGUUAAUACAAAGGUUGAUAGACAUAUUCUGGACAAAUGAAACUGCAAAGGAUAAUCAGAAACUGGAACAUGGAGUUUUAUGGUCACGAUUAAUAAAAAAUGGGAAAGUUGAUUUUCCAUACGAUCUAUCUGCCUAUGGUCGCUUACAACCUUUAUCUCACCAUCUUAUGCGCACAAUGUCCGUUCAUGUAAGAAUGCUAGUUUUACACUUCUUCCUACAAAAAUUCUCAGUCCUUCCAAAUUCCAAUAUGCUGUCUACGCCAGCUAUUAUAGAAACCUUUUGCCGUAUUCUAGCUUGUCGCGAAGUGGAAUCAAAUAACGUGAAUAGGAUUUUGUGCUUAUUAACUAAACUUCAACCAUUAUGGUCUUACAAUACCUCAAAUACGGAACCCAAAUAUGCAGUUUUAUGUGGUACCACUGAGCCUAAAGUCUCCAACUACUUUUCCUGCUCACUUGUUUUCACACUGCUUGAUACAUUAGGGUUCCGUCUUGCAGAUAUACUUACACCGGAGGUUCGAAUCCAUACUCUCACUUCGUUAAUAGGUUUAAUGAAAUUGUGGUCUAACUGGAGUACUUCUGUUCUUGAUAAUAAAGAACCUAAAAAUCUUUGUGAUGGAGGGACUAGUGAAAUUCCUAUUGAACUGCAAUAUUUAUUGGACUGGAAUAUCAUAAAAUUUGCGCGUAGCAUACAAGCACCAGAUUGUGUAAUUUAUGGGUUUUGUUCGGCUCUUACCUCUUCUACUCUUACUCAAACACAACCGGGAACUAACAGUUUACACUCUGUUAAUAAUUCUGCGUGUGUAUCACAACCACAAAGUUCGAACAUAAUGUCACAACAGGGUAGUGGUUUGGUGAAUAACACAACUAGUGGUUCUGUUUCAAUGAUUCGACCAUUUAUACCUGUAAAUACAGGCGUACUGACUUCGAUAUCAUCUUCUAGUAUUAUACAACCACCGAAUGAUCCAAUAUUAUCCUCGAAUACGGGUGUGAAUUCACUUACAGGUGGAUCAGGAAGUACGGGUUUUCCGAAUUCAAUACCUGGUUACCCAUUCUUAAUGUGCGAUAAUGUUGAAGUUAACCGUUUUGUAUUAUACUCCUUAUUGCAAAUGUAUCAUACUUUUGAUUUGGAAGAAGCAAGUGGAAUUCGACCGAAUCUAGUGGAACAAAUUCGUUCCAUGUGUGAACAGUGUGGUCCAAAUAGUCUGAUAGAUUUACCUCAGCUAAUUACAAAACGUUUGCCUGAUUUUCUAAUUCUUGUUAUACGUCAGUUAACUAAUCCAAACACAGGUGAAUUUAACAUUGGUAGUCUCCCAUCAUCGGAUCCCAUGAUUGUAGAGUCAAUGGAAUCAACUUUGCCAUAUACAGACAAAUCUAUUAGUUUAUCUAAACUUUGUUCAAUGGUACAAGAGGAGUACACUUCUUUUUCUAAUGGAAAUUUUGAAUGGAGCGAUGCAGUUAGUCGGAGUAAUAUGUUCUUAUGUUUAUUGUUUCGGUAUUUCAUGGAAUAUCAAAAUAUACCGAAUAAACCAAUCAGUCUUUUACACCACAUGUCUGUCAGAUUACUCAAUCGACAACUUCGUAUACUUUGUGAUUACAUAGUGUCUUCUUUGACGUUCACUGCACAAGUGAAUUUUACAACCGAAAAGUGUCUUUCUACAUUGUCAGAUUUUUGUAUACGUUGGCAUGUUGUUCCAUUAGAUCGAUUUCUAUUGUUCUUGCUCAUGCAUACAAGAUACCAACAUUCACAACUUCUUACUGUGAAUCGAAUCAUUGUUUAUCUGUUUACGCAAUCGGACCAAAUCACUAGUGGAAUAAUUUAUUUGAAUAAAAAAUAUGAGACUAAUCCUAAUAAUAGCGAUUCAAAUACACAGAGAAAGUCACCUCAUUCUGACCCAUUGUCUAGUCGUGAUUGGUUUUCAUGCAUUCGUGCUUUGCAUGAAAUUAUUCCUGAUCAAUGGAUUACAUAUCCAGAAACUUGUACAAUAUCUUGUAAUACUAGUAACGACUCAUUGGAGGAAACUGACAAACCUCCACAUUUACCUGUAUUUUAUGGUCACUUGUUAUUACGUUUAUUACCACUGUUAGAAGUUGUAAUAAUGCAGUUCUUAAUGUGCGAAGUUCCAUUUGUUCUAUUGAUACCAUUUUGCCGAGCUAUUGCUCCUUUGUUUCGUUAUCACAGACGUCCAGUUAACGUCUGCUAUACAGUGUUACAUGAUCAUGCAGAAAUUACUUUGAAAGGUUUACUGUGUAAAUCAAAUGUAGGCUAUCCAGCAUAUCAUUUACAGUUGUCAGACACUAAAUGCCUUGAUACUUCACCUUCAUCUGAAUCAGAUUUGGACAAAACUCCAUGGAUUGUUGACCGUCUAUUUUGUCAGUUACUUGUUCACUGCAUAAUUAGUAAACACCAGCAGCUAGCUAUGAAAGCAGCGUUAAAUCAUUCUUCAAAAGGUUUUGACCAACAGCAUAGUUCUGUAAAUGGUAUUUUUACACAACAAGGGUGGAAUAAUCUUCUGUUGUGUGUAAAGCAGUCAGAAGUAUUUUACGACGUAAUAUGUAGAAAUCUCAGUAACGUUAGUAGUGAUUGUAAUAUUGUUCAUGAUAACACAGAUCAGUCUGUUAUGAAUAUCUUACUUAAUCCAGAAUCAUUUGAGACACAGUUCAGGUCAAUGUUUAUGACAUGGUAUUCCUGUAAUAUAUUUAAAUACAAUUGGGAAUAUUUAUUUGGAUUGAUUGAUCCAAUAUGUAAAAGCAACCAAAGACACGGAAUUUAUGGCCAUUCAGCAGCAUGGAGAAUUUGGAAUUAUGAAGAGUCCGUAUGUAUUCAAACUGCCGGAUUAUAUGCUGCUUCAAUUGAAUUAAUGUCCAGUUUUAUGUCGCCUAGUGAACUUACAUCCGUUGUAUCUGAUCUGCUAACUAAUUAGUCAGUUGUCUUGAGUAUAAAAUCUGUUUAUUUUUUACUUCACAUUUAUGUAUAUUUUGAUUGUAUGUCCAUUAGAAGUGAAUUGUUUGUAAAAAAAUCUCAUACUUGAUUUUAUCGAACCGUUUAAGAAAUAAUUUAUAGUGUGCGGUAGUAAUGUCAGUACGAAAUUCUUAAAACUUGAAUAAAAUAUUUGUUUUACUGUGAAACCUAGUUAUUUAUGAUUAUUUUGAAGCUAGAUAAGACGUGGGCUCGAAAUAAAAGAAUGUUCAAUUCCGUUGCUUGACUUUCUGUUUUAUUCCAACAGGAAAACAUUCAAAGACAGAUAGAAAAGACUUGAAAUCGUCUCAUGACAUUACUACUUGCACAGUACACACAUCCACAUAUAUCCCUUCAUCUCUACGGGCGUUAAAAAAAUCAUUUUUAUUCACAGACCAUUUGAUAACAAGUUAAGAUCAAUUUUACCUUGAUAUAUGUGUAUAUCAAAAUAAGCAACAAGUUUAAAGGAAAAUAAAGUAAUUCAUUUUAUUGUCAUUGAAAUACUGAUAUGAAUACUAUACAUGGAUUAUUUUAUGUAGGAGGAGUUGAAAUGGGAAUCAUCCAGCAAUAAACAUGCAAACUCAGAUAACUGAAAAUACGAGUUUCACACAUUAAAUAGAAGGAUGAAUAUCUUAAUAGUGUCAGUAGUGAACUAUACAUUUAUUUAAUUUUUCAAAUUACCUUUUCAAUUUCCCAGAGAUUUCUGGAUUUUGUUAUUUUCCUUUCAUUUGAUUUAUGUGAAAAAAAUAUUUUACUCUCCUUGUAUUAGUGCGAAACAUAUGUAUUUCAAUCAACUACUAAAUAUCACUGGCGCCCUAGCUGUUAUUUUACCUAGUGUUUACCGAUUUCCUCUGUUUAAAUUUUGCGUCACCCUAUUCAAUGACCCAAUUCUUUGUGACACCACACCUGAAUCGAAUCCAGUAGAUCCAGAAAAUAUGUUCACGUGCAUCUCUGAUGUAAAAUCUACUAAUGAUCAUAAUACUAAUACAAAGUGGCGUCGUUCAUCAAGAGCUUUACGUCAUAGAAAAUUGCUGGAUGUUAAUUUGACUUCUGUAGAUAACGUCACUUUAGCAUCCGAAGCUACGUCAUUUAAAGACGAAAAUAGUGCACUACUAAAACCACCAAAAGUCGCUUUACAUUUCUUUGAAAAAUAUCUUCCAUUAGAUCAGAAAACAGACUCUGAUUUGGUUGAUACACUUAGUAAUGGUGGCUGUAGUGUUAUCGAGAUGUCACAUCAAAAUACAGAAGCAAACCAAACUCUGAAGGAUAAUUUCAAUAACUCGGAGUUUUCGUCCGAUGUGAUGGAAUACCUGGUUAAGGCUAAUUUAUGGCAUUCAAUUUGGGCGCAUGCUAACACAUCACAUUUAGCGUCGUUACCUGGGUAAGCCUAUUUCCCACAUAAUGUUUAUAUAUAUAUAUAUAUAUAUAUAUAUAUAUAUAUAUAUAUAUUGAGCAUCAUAUCUUGACCACUUGAUUCCAACUAAUUAGCAGGCUCCAGUUUGACGGUAACACUUAGAGCAGCAUUUUGAAAAAAGGUGUCUAGUACUGUGGCUAAGUAAUUAUUUAAUACGAAAUUAAAAUGAAUGACCUGCAUAGUUGUAGGACUGAUUGUUUUCCAAAUGGAGCCUAUGACUGUAAUGGUGUGCAUGUCAGAUGACAACCACUCAUCAACCGAACCAAGUGCACAUAAUAAGAAAACGAAGCUAUCAUUUACCCGCAAAAUUUUGCUCAAAAAACUGUCAAAUAAGGCUGAAUUUCUUCUCGUAUCAUUCAUGAGUUACAGUUGUAGAGGUAGCCAAUCAGUUCAGAGAUUCUUCAACGUUUCAGACAAAAUGAUAUUUCUUCUCAGGUCAAUGGUAUGUUUACCUCUUAGCUCAUUAUAUCAACACAAUGUUUUGUUCUAUGGUAUCCGAAAAAUUAAAUUGGUUGUAGUUAUCUCGGAAAUAUUUGUUAACCAAAGGUCAUAAAUUGUUACUUUGUAUGUACACUAAUUUUUAAACCUUGUGAACCGAAUCAAAGAAUCGCGAUUAGUUUCACUUAGACUGUAUACAGUAUAGAUUUAUAGGUGUCAUGUGGAUACUAUAUAUUGAAGUAUAAACUACUUAGAUGUCAUCGGUUAACCAUUGAUAACUACGUAACAUUGAGUAAUGAUUGGUGAUCAUUUUCUAACUUCGCGACAUGGCGUAACUGUCAUUCAUCUCACUUACAGCAUGGUUAACUCUACAGACUGGGGAUUCUCAAUAUAUAAUCUUGGGAAUCCCAGGUUAUUCUUCAACUGCUUUUUAGCUGUUAUGAUGGGAAAACUUCAAAAUUUGAUCAAAGUGUGUUGAUUAUAUACCUUUAGUGUACGAGCUCUAGAUGAGGAUAAAAAUGUGCUUCUCUCUGUGUUUUGCAUUUAAUUUCGCGAGAGGUAAAUGACAGGUGAUAAAAUUUUACUGUUGAUGAACCAGAAAGUAGCUAAGCUAUCGAAACUUCAUGUGUAGAAAAGGUUUGACCCUCAAACUACCGCCUGGUUUUCUGUCUUUUGCAUAAGUGAGUUGAAACCAUUCAUUCUAAAAACCAUAUUCGAUGCUUAUUGUUGUAAUCUGACUGGUGAUUUCAUUUUCAAUGUACUCAUCAGAAGUAUUAACGUAUGUUAGGUAAACAGUGAUCAUCAUUUCAUAAUAACAUUUUGAUUGUAUAUUUCUCCAGCUAUUUUGGAAAUACUUUGUUAACCAGUAAAUAUUUGAAUAAAAUCAAUCCGUUUAACAUUUAUCAGUGGAUUAUUUCCCUUAAACACGAACAUUAUUUUGCAUCUACUUAGUUGAUUUGUUACUUGUGUACUUCAUUCAAAUUAGUACUGAACACCAAUUCCUUUCAAUUCAUGUUUUUACGCUGUGCUAUAUAUUUUUAGAUCUUACUUUUAGCUCUCCGUUUGUAUUCCAAGAGAUAUUUAUACUAUCUUGUAACUUAGUGGGGUUCGCUUUCCGGUUACUUGCUUUUCGCUCAGUCCUACUAACAUUAAAGUACACCUGUCCAACAUGAUUAGCGUUUGUUAGCAAGGCUGUUUUUUACGGGAUGGGGUUGCUGACCCCAUUUCCAGCCCUCCUUCUUUAUCCGGGCUUGGGAUCGGCAGUAACCCUAGAAAAGUUACAGGCGAAUUUUAUCUAACAUACAGCUUUUAUUAUAUAUGUAUGAUUUUGCGCAUCCUGAUUUUCAUUCAAUUUUUUCAAAGCAUUUUCUCAGAUCUCAUCUUACCGGAAUUACGCACUGAAGCUCAACUACUGAUGGCAUUUUAUCUGGUAGCACCAUUAAUGGGAUCUUUGCACUCAGAGCGUCCAGCAAAAUUAGUCGAUUUAACUGCUGAACUCUACAGGGCUGUUUGGAAAGUUGAUACUAUUCUAGCUAAAUCAAAUUAUCAAAAAUCCCAUCAUUCGGAAAUUUCAAUGGAUAUAAGUAAUUCAAAACAAUUAGGCGAACAUUUACCUUCGGAAACCGGUGUACCAUUAGUACAUGUCGAUACAAUAGCUGAUCUGUUGUAUCAUAUUAAAUAUAUGUACGUUGGCAAUGGCGUACUCGAUCAAGUUCGUCCACUACUGCCACAACUUCGACCAAGUUUACGUAAACGUCUCAAAUUCAUAUUACCUCAAGAUUCAUCAGUAUCGCAGCAGCAACAAAAUCAAAAUGAUUCGCAUCCAAUAUUUGAAAAUCGCGUAUAUCGUGCAUCUAUUAAACCACCAAUGUGUAAUGGAGACUUUUGAAUGAUGUAUUUCAUAUUCAUUUCUUACUGUUUACCACCGAAACAGCUGUAUUUAUGGUGUAUAAUAAAAGCUACUUUUUAUACAUAUCC